CGGUGGUUCCCGGUAGCGCGCUGCGCGCGGCGGUAAUUAGUAAUUGUCCUGCUCUGGGGAGGAGAAAGCGCGUGGGGCGCGGCUUCCCCGUGGCUGCGCGGCGGUACCCGGGACUGAAGAGCAGCCGAGCAGAUGAGACCGCCGCUUCUCCGUGCGGUGUAGAGGUUUCGGGAGAGAGAGAGAAGCACGGGCCGGAUCCGAGCCCUCUGGACCGCCUGCGGGGAACUGAACCUGCGCGCGGGGCCGGGCCGUAGGACUGCGAGGCCGCGGAGAGGAAGGUGCAAUGGCGACGAGUUUAUCUGUAGUCUUGAUCCUGACCUUCACCCUGUCAGUCACAAACCCCCUUCGUGAACCUGAACCAGCAACUGCUUUCCCUCAGACCACUGAGAAAAUUAUUCCGAACUGGGAAUCUGGCAUUAAUGUUGAUUUGGCAGUUAACACACAGCGACAUCAUCUACAGCAACUUUUCCAUCGCUAUGGAGAAAAUAAUUCCUUGUCGGUUGAAGGUUUCAGAAAGUUGCUUCAAAAUAUAGGCAUAGAUAAGAUGAAAAGAAUCCACAUACACCAUGACCACGAGCAUCACUCUGACCACGACCAUCACUCUGACCACGACCAUCACACUGACCACGACCAUCACUCAGACCACGACCAUCACUCUGACCACGACCAUCACUCUGACCAUGAGCAUCACUCUGACCAUGAGCAUCACUCUCACCGUAAUCACGCUGCGUCUGGUAAAAAUAAUCGGAAAGCUCUUUGCCCAGACCAUGACUCUGAUAGUUCAGGUAAAGAUCCUAGAAACAGCCAGGGGAAAGGAUCUCACCGAUCAGAACAUGCGAAUGGUAGAAGGAAUGUUUUAAUCAAGGAUGGUAUUGGUGCUAGUGAAGUGACUUCAACUGUGUAUAAUGCUGUUUCUGAAGGAACUCACUUUCUAGAGACAAUAGAAACUCCAAAACCUGGAAAACUUCCCAAAGAUGUGAGCAGUUCCACUCCACCCAGCAUCACAGAAAAGAGCCAGGUGAGCAGGCUGGCUAGGAGGAAAACAAAUGAAUCUGUGAGUGAACCCAAAAAAGACUUUAUAUAUUCCAGAAUCACAAAUGAAAAUACUCAGGAGUGUUUCAAUGCGUCAAAGCUGCUUACAUCUCAUGGCAUAGGCAUCCAGGUUCUGCUGAAUGCAACAGAGUUCAACUACCUCUGCCCAGCCAUCAUCAAUCAAAUAGAUGCUAGAUCGUGUCUGAUUCAUACGACGAGUGACAAGAAAGCUGAAAUUCCUCCAAAGACCUACUCUUUACAAAUAGCCUGGGUUGGUGGCUUCAUAGCCAUUUCCAUCAUUAGUUUCCUGUCUUUGCUGGGUGUUAUCCUAGUGCCUCUGAUGAAUCGAGUGUUUUUCAAGUUUCUCCUGAGUUUUCUGGUGGCAUUGGCUGUGGGGACCUUGAGUGGCGAUGCGUUUUUACACCUUCUUCCACAUUCGCAUGCAAGUCAUCACCAUAGUCACAGCCAUGAAGAAAUAGCCAUGGACAUGAAGAGAGGGCCACUGUUCAGUCAUCUGUCUUCUCAAAACAUUGAAGAAAGCGCCUAUUUUGAUUCCACAUGGAAGGGCCUAACAGCUCUGGGAGGCUUGUAUUUCAUGUUUCUUGUUGAACAUGUACUCACAUUGAUCAAGCAAUUCAAAGAUAAGAAGAAAAAGAAUCAGAAAAAACCUGAAAAUGAUGAUGAUGUGGAGAUUAAGAAGCAGUUGUCCAACUAUGAAUCUCAACUUUCAACAAAUGAGGAGAAAGUAGACGCAGAUGAUCGACCUGAAGGUUAUUUACGAGCAGACUCACAAGAGGCCUCCCACUUUGAUUCUCAACAGCCAGCAAUCUUGGAAGAAGAAGAGGUCAUGAUAGCUCAUGCUCAUCCACAAGAAGUCUAUAAUGAAUAUGUACCCAGAGGGUGCAAGAAUAAGUGCCAUUCACAUUUCCAUGAUACACUUGGCCAAUCGGAUGAUCUCAUUCACCACCACCAUGACUACCAUCAUAUUCUCCAUCACCAUCACCAUCAGAACCACCACCCUCACAGUCACAGUCAGCGCUACUCUCGGGAGGAGCUAAAAGAUGCUGGCAUUGCCACAUUGGCGUGGAUGGUGAUAAUGGGUGACGGCCUGCACAAUUUCAGCGAUGGCCUGGCAAUUGGUGCUGCUUUUACUGAAGGUUUAUCGAGUGGUUUAAGUACUUCUGUUGCUGUCUUUUGUCAUGAGUUGCCUCAUGAAUUAGGUGACUUUGCCGUUUUACUGAAGGCUGGCAUGACUGUUAAGCAGGCUGUUCUUUAUAAUGCUUUGUCAGCCAUGCUGGCAUACCUUGGAAUGGCAACAGGAAUUUUCAUUGGUCAUUAUGCUGAAAAUGUGUCUAUGUGGAUAUUUGCACUUACUGCUGGCUUAUUCAUGUAUGUCGCUCUGGUUGAUAUGGUACCUGAGAUGCUGCACAAUGAUGCUUGUGACCAUGGAUGUAGCCGCUGGGGAUAUUUCUUACUACAGAAUGCUGGGAUGUUUUUGGGUUUUGGAAUUAUGUUGCUUAUUUCCAUAUUUGAACAUAAAAUUGUGUUUCGUAUAAAUUUCUAAUUAGGGUAUAAAUGCUAGAGUAGCUUAAAAAUUUUGCUGUCUAUAGUUUGAAUAGGUCAUAGGAAAGUGAGAGUUUGUAUGCUGUAAUAUGCAGCAUUUAAGGUUAGUGGAUUUUGUGAUUUUUGUAUUGAAUAUUGCCAUUUGUUAUGCUUACAAGGUCAGUUAUGGUGGUAACAUAAAGGUACAUUUUAAUAUUUAAGUUAUUCUAUUUUGGGAAUAUAAGCUAUAUGUGCAAUUUACCAAUUUUACCAGUUUAUUGUAUAAACAAGAGAUUUGGCAUGACAUGUUCUGUAUAUUUCAGGAAAAAUGUCUUUAAUGUUUUUUCUAGAACUAAUUUAAUACAGUAAUUCCCAUGCUGGAUUUUAGGCCUCCGAAGAACUGCUGGUGUUUAGGAGUAAGAAUACACACGAAGCCUAAGAUACCAAUAAAGCUUGUACUGAAUUUAAGCCUAAGAAACAAGGAGAAAAGAAUAUGUAAGAAUUAAGAAGGUAUAGAUUUCUUACAAAAAUAAAACAAAACACUGAAAACUGGUUAUAAAAUAGAAGGAGAAAUUUUAGAUUUAAAUUAAAAAGGCAUUAUUAGUAAAGUAUAGUACAUUCAUAAACAUUUUUGUUAGAGUAUUAAUGUUCCCAUAAAACCAGUGAGCACUUUUUACUAAUUUAGUUGUACAUUUAACUUUGUAUAAUAGAAACGUCUAAAUAUAUUUAAUGAAUUCAAGCAUUAUAUCGCUUGACCAAGAAAUUUGAAUUUUAAAAUAUUUGUGUGGAGAUAUACCUGAUGAGUAUGACAAAGUUUACAUAUUGCCAGAAUACUUGUUAAUCACCAACUUAUGUACCGCCCAAAGUUACAUGAUUGGAUGGUUACCAAAUGUCAGGCUUACCAAAUGUCAAUGUACUAGAACUUUGAGAUAAGGAUAUUAAAACCAUACUGAGUAUAAUUUGAUUUCUAGAUUCAGAAAGUACUUUGGUAUCUUUCAGUGCUUCAGUGUUGUCAUUAUGAGCAAUUGUCAUUUUUAUGUAUAGUAUUUUAGACAUACUAGGGCUCUCUGUGGCAUUCUCUAAAUGUUGCUUUUCUACAAAAUAAAUUCCUCAUGUAAGCUUGA